AUGGCAACCUCACUACCACAAUCCUUGCACAACUAUACCCAGGAACUACAGGUUCUGAAUGCCCUGCAUGAUUACACCACAUCGUCGAUCGUGCCUUCACUGCUGUUCGAGAGCUUCAUUGUCGGAGUCCUUUUUGCCUCAGUGCCUCUGGGAUCGUACUUGAUCAGCGCUAAACUUCGGUCGGACGCCCGAAUACCACUUAUACUGUCCCAAUGGGCGGUAUCCAUAGCAGUGAUAACGCACUGGGGUCUAUCCCUACAUCAACUCUACAGGCUAUUAGAUGGAAGUGCUCUGGGUAUCGCUCUCGGUGAACCAGAUGACGCAACAUUAAACUCCAAAGACUUCAGUAUACAUACGGACUAUGCGAAUGCAUGGACUUAUCUGCUGCCUAUCGUAACGGAGACGGUCCUGUUCGGACUGGUAACGGUCCUCUUCGUAGUGACAGCAUGGACAACGCUACGACAAUUGCAUACACGAAGACUAUCGUUUGCAACAGGACUGGUGCCAGCGGUAGCAACAGUCAUGUAUGCUUUCUCCCUGGCACAUUGGGCUGUAUCUGUCCAGUACUUUACUGCCGAUGCGCACGCCAUCAACCAGAGUGGCAAUGACAACGACGUCGUGCCUCCGGUCACGGCACUCGUCGUACUCCUCACUCUCAACGCCGUGAUGGGCGAUGCCAUCGUUCUCUGGAGGAUGUGCGUCGUAUGGAAGAAUAAACGCCCGAUACUCGUCUUUGCCGUCGGCUUGGCGCUGGUGACGCUUGCGCUCAACAUCGUGAAUGUCGUCGUGACAGCAGACAACAAUGGCUAUCAGAACAAGUUCCUGGUACAACAGAACGUGCCCGUGUUCAGCGAAACGAUCCUAGGGAUCAUGGCAGCGUUCAUAUCCCUUGCUAGUAACGCGUGCGCGACGAUGCUUGUGGGAAUCAAAGUGUGGUUGCUCAGGAGCCAGCUGGCGAACCACGCUCAUACAAGCGAUCGGCGGACGGUCGUCGAGAGGUUCAUGGAGCUUCUCGUUGACUCUGGCUUGGUUUAUACUGGCAUAUGGAUCUUCUACUGCGUCAGCUUCUUCAUGCCCAUCGCAACACACACCUUCCUCCAAGUCGAGAGCCUGUCAUACAGCAUCCAGAUUACCGCCGUGGACCAUCUCAACGCCGGGAUGGCGCAGAUGACCACGAUAUACCCGCUCAUCAUCUUCAUCCUCGUCGCGCUCGACAGGACAUAUCACGAACACGGACCUCGAGCUCUACAUACUAGCGAGCAGCUGAGCAGAUGGGAUGCGGAUGUUCCUAUCGCGCUGGAUAUGCAUGUUAUGGGCGAUGAGCGGGGAAGGGAGAGGUCAGAGGGUGCGGCGAGUUAUUCGAAGGUGUCGAAUCCGACGGAUUCGUGGUGA